AGAACAAAGAAAUCGUGGGGGGAGGGCGUCAGGUGCUGUGGUGUCAAAAUGAAAGACAUUCGAGAGAUCAUUCACAGUAAGCGAUUGGUAAUGGAUGGUGCUUUAGGAACACAACUAGAGCCAUUCAUCCCAAAGACACCACUCUGGUCGGGAUUUGCAGUAUUAGCAAAACCGGAAAUACUUGCACAAGUACAUCGAGAAUAUAUUAUUAGUGGUGCUGAUAUAAUUGCUACUGCCACCUAUCAGUUAUCACAAAAUUUGUUACGCCAGCACACUGAUUUGACAGAUGGCCAGAUUGAAGGUAUUUGGGAGAGUGCAAUCAAUAUUGCAUUAGAGGCGAUAGACAAUAGAGAUGUACUUGUUAUGGGGUCAAUUGGGCCUUACUCCGCUAGUUUAGGAAGUGGUGCCGAGUACAGCAAUAACAUUGACGUAAGCAACGAAUUUUUACAGGCGUACCAUAUUCCUUUGUUUCAGUAUUUUUCAGACAAUGCGAAGGUGGACUUGAUUGGUUUGGAAACGGUGUCUACAUUGCAAGAAUUUGUUGUGUUCCAUGAGUUUAACCAUACCAAACCGUACUAUAUUAGUAUAAUUAGUAAUGAUGGAGACAAUCUUCCCGAUGGCACCCUGUUAUCUGAACUAGUGAGUUAUAUUGAUAGCCAUAGUGAUGAAUGGUUUAUCGGACUUGGAAUAAAUUGUACCGAGUACACGCUAAUCUCGAAAAUGGUUGAACGAAUUCAUCUUCCUGUGAUAUUAAAUCCUAAUUUAGGAUAUAUUGUAGAAGGGGAUAAUGCUAGGCCGAAGGAAAAAAAUGACUAUGAAUGGAUCAGAGGUGUUACAAAUUGGUUGCAAAAUGACAAUGUUAGGAUCGUAGGUGGGUGUUGUGGUACCACCCCACGUGAGAUCAAACAGGUUUCUAAUAUCAUACACGGCACAAAGUAGUAGAAUAUUUGUUAUCGUAAAUAGACAUCGAGCAUUUUGUAGCACUUUCUUCUUCUUCUGGAGUGAAUCGCAGAGAGUUGUUCAUUUAAAUUUGAGAGAAGAAAGGGGAGACAGUCAGUGAUUUAAUAUG